AUGACAGGGCCCAGCGCAAGCCUCCCGUCGACGUCGACGUUCUCCUUUACCGCUCCGUUUCCGCCAGAAUCCUCAGCAGCCCCCUCGCCCCUCAAGCAACGCCGGGUAUCGCUCGCGUCUGCCGCUUCGCCACGCCUCGUUCCAGCGUGGAGCUUUCGCGAUGACACAGGCCUUGGUGUCCAUUCAGGCGACCAAUCCAGCCCUUCGGAAAAGAGAGGCAAGAUGCGGAGAGUCGACAGUGGCGGCGACCGACCAGACGACGAAUAUGCCCAGCCCUAUUCCGAGAAGAAAGCCAGGAAGAAGUGGACAAUGGAGGAGACACAGAUGCUCGUCAAUGGAUGCAAUAAGUGGGGUGUCGGGAAUUGGAAGUCUAUUCUGAACGACCCGGAGUUCAAGUUCGACAACCGUUCACCAGUUGAUCUCAAGGACAGAUUUCGAACGUACUUUCCAGACGCAUAUAAGCAGCAUUAUCCAAACGCAAAGACGCAUCUCUCGUCGAAAAUACGCUCUGCCCUUCCUGAUGGCACCUCCAUAUUCGAGAAGACGCGUAGCAAGAAGCGGCGGCCAUUCACAGAGGAGGAAGACCGGGCAUUAAAGGCGGGGUAUGACAAGCAUGGGACGGUAUGGGCGACAAUCGUCAAGGACCCUAUCUUCCAGGAACAGAACAGACGCUCGACCGACUUGCGCGAUCGGUUCCGCAACGCCUUUCCAGAACUGUACCAAGCUGCAGGGUAUAAGCCUCGAGCGCCGGCGAAAAAGAAAAAGGGUGACAUGUCUCAACCUCUGCGGGCUGCUACCGACGAUCAACUCGCGUCAACCAGCGCGACAGGGCCUGUUAGGCGAAAGAGGAGAAACACCACCCAGGGUCUGUUUCGUGGCGGAACGAAGAGUGUACCGGAGAGUGCAGCAUGCUCCGAAGAUGAGGAUAGCUCGGAGGGCGAGGAUGAGGUAACACGGUCUAUGAUCAGGGACGGGUUACAAUCCGCACCACCUGAACAGAUGACGCCCGCCUCUGAAAUGUUCGCCACCGAAGUCGACAUGCAACCAGCGGACACUGUCGGGGACGGUCUAUCCUUCCCCGAAUUGCUCUCGAACUCAUCUUUAUCAGAGAUCACGGAUUGCUCUUCGCAGUCUCAACCAUGGUCUAUGCUCGACACCCCACUACAUUCGAGCGCCUGGUCUACCACAAAUGCUGCCUCGCCCACCUCGUCUCAUAUCUCAUCCGACUACUUGCUGAAUAACUCUCCGUUUAACCGUCGAGCAGAAGGCGCCGGGAUGAUGAUCGGCAAAUCGGCAUGGGGGCCUCAGGACUGGCUGUCUGCGAAUCCUCGUCUCGAUCCGUCCGGAGCAUGCAGCAGCAAUUCGUCAUUCAUCGGCGGCGUUUCUCCAGUUCCAUCUUCCCCCUUCUCGUUCGCGCAUCUCAAUCACGGUGUUCUGGACCGGUACGACCUCUUUCCACCAUCACUUGCUCACGAUUUUGCUUCCGAAGUCGGCGUGGGUGACUCGCACUCAACAUUCUCUGACCCUGAUAUGUUCACUACGAGCAGUUUCCGCGGAUUCACGCAUCACUCGAACUAUGCGGGUGAUUUAAUUUUCGGUGCGCGCAGCCACCAACCGCACCAGCCAUUUGAUUAUGGUCCGGGCUUUGGAUUCGGCAGCGCUGGACUGGGGUUGUCUGGUAUGCAACAGUCCUCUGCCGCGACGGGCCUGCAUCCUAUGCAGAUGCAUACGCCGGCGUUGCCUGGGAUCGACGAGAUUGAACUGACCUCUAUCACGCUCGAUGAUCAUGUCGAUAUGCACGAUGCAAUGGAGGCGGUGGAGACUGUGGUCUCGAAGGAUGACCGAAGUGUCGCUGCGGGUCUUGUUGAUCUGAGCACGUUUAAUCUUCCGACACGGACUCUCGAGGAAAUCGUCGGCAUCACACCGGAGCUAAAUGCUACGCCACCUGGCACUCCCCAGACAUCGUCUCGGUCUCUCCGACACUCUCAUAUACACCUUACCUCAUCUCAUAACCGAUCUGUGUCUGUCCCGCCUUCGGAGCAUCGCGCGGCUCUGCCCCGGGCAGCGCAAACGCAGGUGCUGAAGCCACGGCCAUUGCUACAUGGUUCACCGCGAUCGCACUCGAUGGAUAUUUAUUCACCGGAGCAAGACAUCUUAGCGCAGGGCCAGUCGCUCCAGCCCGAUAUGGCGUACUCGGCAGACAAUUGGCGAUCCCAAGGCGACAUGUACGGGGUUCCGUACCUCGAUUUACAUUACUACACAUCGUCGGCAACUAAUAACGCGCCUCCCCCGAUGCCUCUAGAGCCGGACUUGGAUUCCGCGUACGCGAAGUCGAGCUUGGAUCUUGUGCGACAAGGUCAGGCGCUUGAUCUUGCGGAGACUCUGGCAUCUGCGUCGAGGGCGAUGGCCCUCCCACCGUCGCUGAUGCAGCAUAUGCCGAUGGUUUCACAUAGUGCGAACAGCACCCCCCCUGCCACAACGCGCAUGCUUCCGAUGCACCAUCGCGGACAAAGCGCAGUGUCCCCGCAGGACUUGCUGCUACGCAAGGGAAGCGACAACAAGCGGAAGCGGUCGAGCUGGGACGGCGGUAUGCAUUGA